AGGAGUUCGAAUGAUGGCAUGUGAUAAAUAAAUCAUACACUCCUUUGGUGACAUCAAAUUUGUAUUUUUUCCACUUCAGUCAUGUCUGGAGAACAUACAACAGAGGAAGCUCCCCCGGAGGUUCACCAUUACAACGAUAUCGGUGAAGUUCCUUGGGAUAUCCAGAAUUAUUGGGCCCAGCGCUAUAAGAUCUUCUCCAAGUAUGAUGAGGGUGUAUGGCUAACAGACGAUGCAUGGUUUGGCGUUACGCCCGAGCCUGUUGCUAAUGAGAUAGCUGAGCAUAUUGCCAGCGCUGCUCCCCCGUCUCGCAUGGUCCUAGUUGAUGCAUUUGCUGGAGCCGGCGGGAAUACCAUCGCCUUUGCGCGAUCGGGUCGCUGGAAACGUGUAUAUGGUAUUGAGAAGAAUCCGGCUGUCCUGCUGUGCGCGAAACACAAUGCCAAGAUAUAUGGAGUUGAAGAUAAAAUCACCUGGUUCGAGGGUGACAGUCUUCAGAUCGUGAACAACCAACUCAAGGACCUGGGUCCAUAUAGUGUUCUGUUUGCAAGCCCUCCGUGGGGUGGCCCUGGGUAUCGCUCCGACAAAGUGUUCAAUCUGAGCACAAUGGAACCCUAUUCCUUGGCUACAUUAUACAACGAGUAUGCUUUGUUUACGGAGCAUAUGGUCCUCUAUCUUCCUCGGACGUCAAACGUGAAGCAGCUCGCGAAACUAGUCAAGGAUGGGGGAAAAGCAACAGUGAUGCAUUAUUGUAUGGAAGGCGCUAGCAAGGCGCUGUGCAUCUAUUACGGCGGGUUCAACCUCCAAUAACUCAAAUUCUGCUCUGCGUGGCUUGGCUUCAACAAUUGGUAGUAUUCUCUUAAUAGAGGAACUAAUCAAUAAGCCUGAAGAGGAUACAGCUAGCCGCCCAAUUUGAGAUUGGCAUAUAGUGCGAUCUUCGUAGAUCCAUCAGCCUUUAAUUGGCCCUCGAAAUCUUCGGAGACCCUAUCAAUAAGCACCGGCUCCGGACAAAUUUAGCAAUGAGCUAUAGAGCGGUGUACAGCAAGAAAUCGCUUCGAAUGUGGUUCAAUUCGAAUGAUGUUUACAAAACCCGUGCCACAGGUAGGUUCAUAAUGUGAGUGUCUCCGGGCGUCGACUUUUAGUGUCAUGUCGGACAUUGAGUGGAACAAACUUCAGAUUUUCUAGAGCUUCAUUGAGACUUCCCUCAAAGGUUAUAGCGUCACGAGGCCUAAUUGAUAUAAUUUAUGAAAGGAACAAUUUCUUUUUUACCCAUGGCGAUUCAGAACUAUCGCUGUUAUCGAGUCUAAGAUACGGUUUUACAAUGGAUCAGAUGUUUGAGAAAAUGAUAGUUUAAUUUGAGCAAAUUUGG